AUGAGCGAUUCGGUGGUCAAGAACGUCAUCCUCCCCUCCCACGUCCCCAUCACCGAGCGCUCGGGCUCCUUCUCGGACCGCUUCCUCGCCGCGACGGCGCCGCUGGCGGCUAUCGCCGAGGACCAGGAGGAGCAGCCCGGCCCCGGCGCCGCUGAGGACCAGGCGGAGCCCGCGGCCGAGGCCUCCGCCGCGGGGCCGAUGGUCCCGCCGCCGACGCCCCUCGCCAUGGAGGGGGGGCCGGCGCCCACGCCGCUGCGGGGCGCCCACGACGGCCACGACGCGCGCGCCCUGGGGGGCCACGCGCACGCGGAGGACGACAGGCGGAUGGCGCUCGCCACCCCCGCGAUGGACGACCAGAACGACGAGGAAGAGGCGCUGAUGCGGCAUCUCUCGGCCGACGUGAAGUGA